UUACAUAUAUAUAUUCAAUGCUAUGCAAGAUAAGAUAACUUAUAUAUUGUGACCUUAAACAAAAAUACGAAUAAAUUAAAUAAAUAAAUAUGUCCAGUCAAGAUAGUGACGAAAAUUCAUUAAAUGGAUCAAAAGCUUCCGGCUCAACGACGGUUGUUAAAUAUGAGAAAUCUUCCUGUCUCUUCUGCAAUGAAUGGUUCGAUUCGCAAACUUUUACAGAGCACUUGAUACACUGCGGACAGGUGCUUGAACAAUGUCCCAAUACUUGUAACACCUUCGUGCCAAGAAUCAGAAUGCGUUCACAUCUGAAAGAAUGUCCACGGGCGAAACAAAGAUUAGGUAGUAGCCAUGAACGUUUGGAUCAACAUUUAGAUCAUCGUAUGCAAGUGUUGGAACAAGAUGUCAGUGCGCUACGUUCGGUAUUGAAUGAAGAGAUACGACAGCGUUUACAUUUAAUAACAGAUGUAGGAAAUUUACGUAAACAAAAUCAAAUACAAGAUGAAUGGUCACACAGUACAGAUGAAUCACUUAAAGGAAUUAAUCGACGCAUGGAAGAAGAAAAUACGCAGCGUACUUUUGAAGUGGAACAAUGUCAGAAUGACUUUCGUUAUUGUUUCGAUGUAACGCAAGCACUUAAAAAUGAAAUCCAGAAUGAAAUGGAUUCACUGCAAAAACACAUAAAUCAAUUAUCUACCGAAGUAGCUGAGCAUCAGAAUCUUUUAAAUGAUAAUAUAUUGAAGUUGGAGGAAACUGUACUGGAACAUGAGAAAAUCAAUCGAGAUAAAUUCAUAGAAGUUGAAGAAUUUUUGAAUGGUGUUAGCGAAGAUCUUAAAACAAAAUUCGUUACUAAUAGUGAUUUAAAUGCAAAACAAAUUACUAUGGACUAUGAGAUUAAAAGUAUGAAAAAUAUUGUUUGCGAAACCGAAGAACGCUGUGAAAAAUUAGAAGGAAUAGUAACUGAUAUAGAUAAGAAGCUGCAUCAUACAAUACAAGCUCUAACAGACCUCGAAAAUCAUUUGGCCACGCAACAACGUUUAACAAGCAUACAAAAUACUAGAGGUCAUUUGAUUUGGCGCAUUAAGGAUUAUUCCAAAAAAUUGGAGGAAGCUAAACAAUAUGAUACAAUACUACAUAGUGCCAUGUUUUCCAAUAAACCAUAUGGUUAUGCAUUACGUUUGGAUAUACAUCUUAAUGGUAAAGGAACUUGGAAAGGUCGUAAUAUGAUUGCUUGUUUAAAUGUGAUUGCCGGUGAAUUUGAUCCACUUCUUACAUGGCCUUGUCGUCUGCAGGCUGAUGUAGUUAUACGUGAUCAAAAGUAUAAUCAGGCAGAACAGCAGGACUAUGUCAAAACCAUACAAGUGCGCAAGAAAAACGACGAAUAUUUCCUAACUAAUCAAUAUUUUCAUAUUCCACAUAAAGUAAUUGCAAGUCGGAAUUACUUGCGAAAUGAUUGCUUAUUUGUGGAAGUUAGAGUGCUAAAAUGACAAUUUCAUA